AUGAAGUUCACAACCGUCAUCGCGACUCUGACCUCCACGGCGGCAGCCCUUGAGUGGCUCCCCGUCGUGCCUCUCCACGCGCGUCAGUUGACCAGCGGGCCAAAGUACGAAUGCCACGCCGACUGCGGCUACGCCAUUCUCGGAGCCGAGCAGGACAACUACUGCACUAACGAGACUUGGACUGGUCUUCUGGAGGGCUGCCUUGAGUGUGCCGAGAAGUACGAUAUCUGGCAGUACUACGGUGAUGGUGUGACGGAGGCUGCCGAGGGGUGCAACCUGGACGCCACCCCCGUCUCGGCUUCGAACAGCUCAAGCAAUGCGACGACAACCUCCGGCACGAGUGCAACUGGAUCCACGUCGUCUCCGACGUCAAGCACCAGCGCUACUGCCACUGACGAGGCUAGCAUCGCCAACUUGAACAGGCCUGCGACUCUCGUUUUCGCUGCUGCUGUCUUGGCUGCUGUUCAGUUCAUGUAA